AUGACCCAAUACGAUACUGGGCGGAUCCCCAAACAGUUUAUCCUGUGCUUCGAUGGCACCGGGAACAAAUUUCAAGGCAACGAGUCGGACAGCAACGUGUUGAAGAUCUUUCGGAUGCUUGACCGUAGCGAUUGCAACCAGUGCCAUUACUACCAACCCGGGAUUGGGACCUAUGUAACCUCGCAGUCGCUCUCGAGCAAGGGCAGGCUGCAGAAGGUGAAAUCGGCCUAUCUCAAGGCCAAGGAUGCCGCCGUCGGUUCGACCUUUGCCGACCAUGUCAUGGGCGGCUACAAGUUUCUCAUGCGCUAUUACUCCCCUGGGGAUGAGUUGUACUUUUUUGGGUUCAGCCGGGGUGCCUACGUCGCCCGCUUUCUGGCUGAGAUGUUAGACUUUGUGGGCCUGCUGGAAAUGGGCAAUGAGGAGCUGGUGCGAUUUGCAUGGAAGACUUUCGCCAAGUGGCAGCAACGCCGCAGCGACAGUAAAUCAUACGAGAAGGAGAAAGAAGAGCACUUCAAGUACAUGAUGGCCUUCCGAGAGACCUUCAGCCGGCCGGUGACGCAGAUUCAGUUCUUGGGUCUCUUUGACACUGUGAACAGCGUCCCGCGGUUUGAAAACCCAUGGCUACAGCGCAGUAAGUUCCCCUAUACCGCCCGGACGUCUGCGAGGGUCAUUCGGCACGCAGUCGGCAUCGACGAGCGACGGGCCAAGUUCCGCCAGGAUCUGGUCUCCGAAGUCAAGCCCAGAGUGGUGUCCCGACACUCGCGACUUCGGCAGCAUCUCCAGCGACAUGGACUCCAUGUCCAUCACCAUGGCCAGUCCGGGGAUCCUACGGACGCCAAACAAGCCACAGAUGAAGCUCCAGGGGACACUGCACAGCAAAAACCGGGUCCGAAUUAUUCGAUUUAUCGGCCAGCUCGCCCGGCUCCUGGUCAAUGGAGGGCUGAUGGCCCCGGGCACGUACGUGAGCGACGGCAAUCUCCCGCGAGGCCACAACAGGAGCGGAGCUACUCUGAUGCUUCGAACAUUUCAGCAGCGGCCGCAAGUGAAUCGUGCGCCUCUGUGGCCACAUCCACCCAUCUUGGGGGCGACAAUGCCACCGGUUGGGACGAAGAAGACGAAGACCUGCCGCAGGACAUCGAGGAGGUCUGGUUUCCCGGGGCGCACGCCGACAUUGGAGGGGCUGGAAGCUCGGAGACGGCGAGGAAUGGGCCUGGCGCCAUGUCCAGCAGAGAGGAGCCAGGUUCCAAUGAUCGAACAGAGAGGAAGGAUUCAAAGUGCCAGGUCGUGACCGAUCCGCAGUUCUGCGAGGCCCUGUGCCGCUCGAGUACGGAUGGACGGCUUCAUGACUGCUUAAAGCUGGGUAAUGGCCUACCACCGAGCUCGGUCCUAUCCUGGAAGCUGAUGGAGUGGAUGCCAUUCCGGCGCAUGGACCUACAGUCGGAUGGUGCCUGGAAACCCAUUCGAUGGCCGCUACCGCGCGGAGAAGUGCGCGACAUGCCCCCAGAUGCCCAAGUCCACGUAUCGGCGAUUCGACGGUUGCAAGCCAAUCCCGACUAUCGACCUGGGAAUUUGAUCAUUGGAGGGGGGGGGACGAGGCGUACAAAAGGCCCCGAAGGAGUACGGCAUUGGAAUGUGGGAUGA